UGUGUGUUUGCUUUGAUAGGCAGGGUUUGGCUAUCCAGCAUUUGAUUGGACACUGCAAAUGUUUAUAUGCUUCACUUUGGAUUGAAGCACCCAGAACCUUGGGGACAUUUUGAGGAAAAACAUGAGUGGAUGUCCUUUUUUGGGAAGAAAGCAUCAUAAGCCCAGUCAGGCAGAGGAAGAGGAUGAAUCCCAAAAAGGCAUCAACAAAGCCACUAAAGGAGGAAUUAUCUAUGGAGAAUACCUACAGCUUGACAAGGUGCUGAACGCUCAAGUUUUGCAGAGUCAACAGAAAGGUGACAAAAUCCACGAUGAGCAUCUUUUCAUUGUUACCCACCAAGCUUACGAGUUGUGGUUUAAGCAGAUAUUAUGGGAGCUUGAUUCAGUUCGGGACCUAUUCAUUAAAAACCAUGUCCGGGAUGAGAGAAACAUGCUGAAGGUGGUGAGCAGGAUCCACAGGAUCACCAUGAUCUUCAAACUGCUGGUGGAGCAGUUUGCUGUCCUGGAGACCAUGACUGCCCUGGACUUCUUUGAUUUCAGGGAGUAUCUGUCCCCAGCCUCUGGGUUCCAGAGUCUUCAGUUCCGUCUUCUGGAGGCUAAGAUUGGUGUGGCGGAUCAUUUGAGAGUCCCCUACAACCGACGACACUACAAAGAUAACUUCCAUGGACAAGAGAGCGAGACGCUGCUGAGUUCAGAACAGGAAGCCACUCUCCUUCAGCUGGUGGAGAAAUGGCUGGAGAGGACUCCUGGACUGGAAAAUGAUGGAUUUAAUUUCUGGGGAAAACUGCAAGCCAACAUCGAAGAGGGUCUCAAGAUGGAGAAGCACAAACUGGAAAAAAUGGAAGAUUCUGAAGUGAAGGAGGACCUUCUGGCUGAACUAAACAAACAGACUGAGGUCUUUACCGCCCUGUUUGACCCAAAACGACAUGAGCAUCUUUUAAGCAAAGGUGAACGGCGACUUUCUUACAAGGCCCUUCAGGGAGCUCUAAUGAUUAAUUUCUAUAGGGAAGAGCCGCGAUUCCAGGUGCCCUUCCAGCUGCUGACUGCACUGAUGGAGAUCGAUAUGCUCAUGACCAAGUGGAGAUAUAACCAUGUCUGUAUGGUGCACAGAAUGAUUGGGAGUAAGGCAGGGACAGGUGGAUCAUCAGGCUACCAUUAUCUGCGCUCCACUGUCAGUGACCGUUACAAAGUGUUUGUGGAUUUGUUCAACCUCGCGACAUUCCUGGUACCUCGUGCCUGGGUGCCCAAACUGAACCCAAGCAUCCAUAAGUUUCCCUACAUGGCUGAGUGUUAUGACAGCUCAUACAAUUCAUGCAGUGAGGAUUCUGAUUAGAAAGAUCAGACGAUAAAAUGAAAGGAUGUCCUUAAACUCGGGAACAAUGCCAAGUACUUUGUAUUGAUCAGCCAAACUUUGUGCUUUUUGUUCCACUUACAUGUUUGAUUGCUUUACUGAGAUACUGAAGAACUGGAAGCUUCUCUCAAGAUGAUGUAGAUGUAAAGAAGUUUAAUGAUAAAUUAAUUGUGUAUAUAUGUAAAAAAAAAAAAAAUCAAGAAAUCUUGUACAUGCUAUUUAUAUUUUAAGCAUUUAUGUAAAAAAGAAAUGUCUGUUUUGUACCACUAAACAAAUAUUUUUGAAUGAAGCACAUAGAUUUGACUGAUCAUUUGUAAAUAUAUGAAAUAUAUUUUUGUUAGAUGAAAGAUGGUGUGUAAAAUGUGAUUUAGGCUAUACAGUUGAAAUGCUCAUUUUUAAGUGAAGAUACUGUGCACCACACUGUUACAAAAAGCUAUAUUUUUCUCUUUAUGCUACUUGUAAAAUAAAUACAAAAUUCUUUCCAGAAUUUUCUCCAACCCA